AUGGUCGCGCCGACCUAUAUAAAUAGACAGGUUUCCGAAUCUCCUGAUUACGAUCGUACAUUGCAAGAGCAACUUCAGCAAGAUAUGGGUUUUUUGAAACUCGGUGAACAAUCUCCUCCCCCGUUGAGAAUGCCCCCAUCUACCACUCCAGUGCCAGCACAGUACACAAAUCAAAAUACACCACCUGCAGCAGUACCACGGCCCUAUACACAACAGUCACUACCAAAGCUCGCCCCUAUUAAAUUACCUGAAAUACCUCCAUUCCGCGGCAGUGGCCAACCUCAACCACUACAACAAAGACUACCAAAUCAAGUACCUAAUACAGAGCCUCGGAAGCAGCAGCAACAACAACAACCACUUCCAUUACCAUCUCAUCCUACAGGGCUUCAAAACAUAAGUCUACGCCAGGCAGGUCAGCAGCCAUUACCUGCAUUACCGUCAAAGAAAUUACGCAAUACUCCUUCUCAGGAAAGCAUUUCAUCUCAAUCUUCUAGAGCUCCAUCAUCUAUGCCUUCACCUGCCCCAACUAGUCCUACGGGAGAACUUGAUGCAUUGAACGAUGUGAUAUUUCCUGCUCUUGAAGAAGCACUCAAACGACGUCAGUAUCGCUUACAACAUGCUUUCCGAGCGACUGGAGCUACACCAAAGCAGCAGAGAGCGCAAGCUGCUCACGAAAAAUUACGAAAAUUAGUGUAUAAGCUUGCACAUGUGUGCAAAGAAAUCGACCAUUGGGACAAACAGGAACCAGUGGGUAUGGGGAAAGAUGUGGAUGUUUUCCUCGAAGGAUUAUUAGAAGAGAUUCUAGUCCGGGUUGAACCGGCUGAUGAAGAAGAUCUUGAUGUGAGACGAUGA